GUUAGCACCGCUUGUGGCGAACGACACGAGCUUCAGAACUGGAAUGGGGAUGUUGGGAAUCGACCCAGGAACAAACAGCAACAGCAAUACUAGGAUGUUGAGUAACAAUAGAACCUCCAAGAAGUUUUGUGUUGUCGUCAGUCCAUUGAUCUCGCUGAUGCAAGACCAAGUGACGGCACUGGAGAAGCUUGCUGUGGAACAGGAGGAUGAAGAAAAUUUGGCAGUGGUUGACCUGGAGAAGGAGAAUGCAGUAGAACACUCAUUACCUACACCUCAACCGCUUCGCGCUUGCCUUUUAGGAUCAG